AUGAACACAAACCGCAACACCCCUUCAGCGGUUUAUGUUGAUAUGCAGAAAGAGCUAAAGACAAGUAUAUUGCAAAAGGCAGGGUUGUGUGGGACCAAGUGGGUGAAGAAGGUGUUCUACAAGAUUCCGAUUGCGGUUGUGUCAACUGGUGUGCAGUGUGAAACAUUUUUUUCCGGAAGUGAAAAUACACGAGCUGUAUGUCAAGUUGGAAGAUGGUGUCGACAGUUUUGGGGCAUCAGCGCCGAAUCCUCAGUCGACGACGGUAGGGGUGCUUCUACCUCAAUGCCUGUCAUUGCACCUGGUUGUCUGUUGACUGAACCUCCAUCUGUUCCAGUUGAGUUAGCUAUGUCACCUGAUUUGAUUCCCGGUCUUUUAGGUGACGGUAAACUGGAUCGGGUUGAAAAUGCGAUGCGAGAGAAUGAUUCGGACGAUGAGCCAGAUCACAUAAUAGGGGACAGUAACGAGGUCGAGGAUACUCCUAGGAACCCACCAACAUGCCAGGGGCCAUCUAGUUCUGGGUUCCACCAACACCCGCCACAUUUCUCGACGUUGAACUUGGAAGCCGUCGGACAGCAACUGGACUUAGAUCCUACAUUCGGAGGUCAAGGAUUACACAAGGAAAAUAUUUAUGGAAAAUUUCAGAUUGGCCAAUCUUUCCAGACUAAGGAGGAAGUUGUGUUGAGUGUUAAGGAUUAUAACAUCCGUCAUGGAGCUGAGUAUCGAGUGAUGGAGUCAAAUCAUCUGAAGUAUCAUAGGAGAUGUAAGGAGUUCGAGAACGGUUGUACAUGGAUGAUUCGCAUCACACUUCGACAACGUAAGGGUAAUUGGGAGGUUAGAAGGUACAACGGACCUCACACUUGCUUGGCCACUUCGAUUUCAAGCGACUACCGACAACUCGAUCACCACGUCAUUUGUGCGAGGAUCUUUCCGUUGAUUAGGGCGGAUGCAGCGGUUACGAUAAAGGUGUUGUAA